UCAAAUUUUAAAUAAAAGCAAAUUGGAAAAUCAAAACGUCACAUGCUAUACCCAAGUAGGGGAGGGGUAUUUUGCAAUUCAUUYYCACCCAGGAGAGGGGUYUGGCAUUGGCAACGCGUUCACAAGCAAACAAAAUGGCGGACGCGAACUUGUAGAUCGAUCGUUUUCGUUAAAUGGGAUUUAGAGUGUUUGGAGACUGAGUUUAAGUGAACUUAUGGUCUUUUACUGUAAAAGUCUUCUCGACUGCAGUCUAUUGUCAUCUAAUCCAAGAGUCUAACAUCCAGGAAGCAGUGAAAAUUAUACAUUAAGCUAACAUCUCCAUCCUGUCGAGACAAUGUUUCAGAGAACUACUGAAUUUCCCUAGCAACGGAUAUGUCAGUACACCCUUAAGGAUUCUGCACAAAUUAUCUGAUAUGCAAUGGAAGACCUUCAUGUAACUUAAUAUGGUUGGACUAAAACAAUCAAGAAUGCUUUCCUAAAAUAAAAUAUAAACAUGGAAAUAUAUAACAGUUAACUGCUCUGUGAGACUAGAAGAUUGUUAAAGCUGCUGCUACAUGGAACAAAGUAAUGGUUCUCUUUAUGGUGCACUACAGAUUUCUCUUAAAUCAUCUAAAAAAUCGUCAAGCCCAAGUAGUCUAAAGCUCGAGACGAUCGGACAGGGAUCGGAACUCCCAACUCAUUUCGCGCCAAUUUGUCACGUGAUACAAUCUUAUUUGGAGACUAGCGCGCGAGCGCGCGCUCUGAGAGAAGUUGUAUCAGUCAUGGACGAUAUAGAUCCUGAUUAUGUAAGAAAUCUCGUACUGAACAUGAAAUGGUCACACGCAAAGAUAAGCGAAGAGCUGCAAAGACAAUUUCCAAAUGUAAGAGGUUUAAGUGAGAUGAGUGUUAGAAGAUUUUGUUCCAAACACAAAAUCCACAGGACUACCAAGAUAAGUGAUGGAGAGCUUGACGUUGCUAUUUUUAAUGCCGUAUCGAAGGUUGGUCCGACAUACGGAAGAAAAAUGAUAAAAGGGAAGCUAGAAGUGGAAAAUAUAAGAGUUCACGACAAACGGAUUUCUGCAUCUUUAGCAAGAGUAACACCGGGCUAUCAGCAGCUUAGAAGGCAAAACACUGCAAGACAAGUCAAUCUUUUACCCUAUAAUGCUCAUUAUUUUGGGCACAAAGUUCAUUACGAUCAAAAUGAGAAGCUGGUGAUGUAUGGCUGUACCAGCGUGAUGGCUGUAGAUGGGUAUAGCAACACCAUUUUAGGAAUUGCAACAAUGCCAAUAAAAAACAACCUAGAGAUAUACCGAUGUCUUUAUAGGCCUAUCACCAUWCAGUAUGGCCUUUGGGACCAAUUACGAGUAGAUUGUGGGAAAGAAUUCUACUUGAUACUUUAUAUUCAAGAAAACUUGGCUAACUUUCGGUACAACACAUUGAGAGCACCAUAUAUACAAACUACAUCAACAAUGGUGAGUUUAAUUUAUGUCCUAAUUACUUUUUAAGAGGGUCCAGA